GGAGUGACUUGUCCCGGACUCUAAUGUAGCACCGGAAGCAAGGGAUGACCUUUCCGCUCCCGUGUCUGAGCACCGGGCGAACCACAUGGGAUCCAUGCGCACUCAGAUACAUUAGAAUGCGACACUCGAGCCUUUCAUAAUACUUAAAGUCCUGUUGACUUGUUUCCUCAAGACCAAUACACCACCAUUGACCAAUUCAUCGCCAUACCUAUCACCAUGAAGCUCUUUCUAACUCUACCCCUUAUUUUGUCCUGCAUCUUCUUCGAGACAGCAAAGGCUUUCAAGCACAAGCCUGCAGUUGUCCUAGUCCAUGGUGCUUGGGUAGCGCCUUCCUUUUGGAACCUCACUGCUGAGAGGCUGCGUGCUGAUGGCUAUAAUGACAUUGUAAUUACCGACUUCGUUAGCGGCAAGAUCACAAAUCCCCCGACAAGUACCCACCGUGACGAUGUUGCACUCGUGCAGGAAGCACUGAAGCCUCUCGUGCGCGCCGGAAAGGAGAUCAUUGUUGUGAUGCACUCUUAUGGGGGUCUCGUAGGCAGCGACGCAAUCGAGGGCUUUGUCAAGAAAGCCAGCUACGGAUCAGUCGGGGGCGUUAUAGCAGGAGUCUACAGCACGGCUUUCAUCGUUGAACCAGGCAAGGCACUAUCCGACUACUUUGGUGGUAGCACACCAGCAUUCAUCGUGCCUGACCCUCAAAAUCCCGCCUACGUCAACGUCGACAACCCACUCGAUAUUCUCUUCAACGACUUCACCGAUGCCCAGGCUGCAAAGUAUCUUCCUGAUGUCCGCCCGGCUGCUGCUGCUACUUUUGGAUCCAAGGCACAGUAUGCCCCUUGGAAAGACAUACCUUGUUCCUACAUUGCUACUGCCCUCGAUAAGGCUAUUCCACCAGCUCUUCAAAAGUCCAUGUACGACGCAGUUCAGGGACAGAGUCUUCGAAAAUGGCCGUUCUAUGAGGUUGGGGGCGGUCAUGCUUCGGCGAUCAGCAAGGCUGCCAACGUCGCGAAGCUGAUCGAGCUUGCCGACUCGAAGUGA